CACCCAUCCACUUCAUCACUCACUCGCCUUGCCUGUUUUACCCCAUCAUUUCCUUCUUCCUAGGCUGUUCGGUCCGUCGAACCUUACCCUUCUGCUUUUGAUUCUCGUUUCGUGGUCUAUAUCACUUUUCAUCCCCUUACUUCUUGAAGCUUCGGUGCUUGCUCAGCUGAGCUCUUAACAGCUUGAGAAAGAUGCCUGCCGAGAGGCGUUCUCUACGAUCAAACAACAAGUCCGAUACUUCUUCAUCUGCUAACGGUGAGAAGGCCCGCUCGAACUCUCAGAGCUCGAGUGCUAAAGACAAAGCCGCGCCCACGACCCGUGCCGCCGCCAGCAAGGCCAAGUCGGCCCCGGAAAAGAAAGGCGCCGCCAAGGGCGCAUCGAAUACCGGAAUGGGGGAGGAUGACCAGUCUCACGUGAAUGGAUCAAAGUCGGCAGAGAAUGGUGUGAAUGGAUCCGAGGAUGUGGAGAUGGGCGAGGAUACGGCAGUGCCUCCGACCAAGGGUUCCAGAUCAUCCGGCAAGCCCGGUCAGGAUAAGGAGGAGGAUGUGACGAUGGAGGGUGCGGAGGACGAUGAUGCGGAGAAGGCCGAGCCUGAGGUCGACCCAACGACCAAGGCAAUUCAAGACAUCAAGGCCAACUUCACUUUGCUCGAGCGAGCCGUCGCCCACUUCGAUCCCCGAUUUACCCUUCGCGUCCUGCGGUCGAUAUCGUCGAUGCGGAAAUACAUCACCCCCGAGGUCCUCGCCGAUGUGAUUGUGGACACAUACCCUGCUUCCAGCUCGGCAGCAUCAUUCCUGCUUGGUGCCAUUGACCAGGUUGAUGCCUUCGAGAAUGUCCCUUCGAGCUCAAAGAUGGAGGUGGACUCGGAUAAGGCCAAGGCUGGCCCUAAGGAGAUCCUACCCGAGGUCGACAUAUACUUGGCCAUCUUGGUGCAGAUUUACUUGUUCGACCAGCGACAGAUUCAGAAGGGUGCCAAGUUCUCGAUUGAGCUGAUCGAGCGUCUACGCUCCGUCAACCGCCGGACACUGGAUUCCCUUGCAGCUCGUGUGUACUUUUAUUACUCUCUCUUCUUCGAGCAGAUUGCUCCACUUCCCCCCUCGCCUGCAGCUACCGUGACUAGUAUCCGACAGCCAUUACUGGCUGCGCUGCGGACCGCCGUCCUGCGGAAGGACGUGGAUACGCAGGCCACUGUCAUGACCCUGCUUCUCCGCAACUACCUUUCCACCUCCCACAUCACCCAAGCGGAUCUUUUGAUCUCGCACAACCGUUUCCCCGCUGCCGCCUCGAACAACCAAAUUGCCCGAUACCUAUACUAUCUGGGCCGGAUCCGUGCCAUUCAACUGCAGUACACCGAGGCUCACAGCCAUUUGAUUGGUGCCACCCGCAAGUCUCCUACCAGCAAUGUCGCUCGUGGAUUCUACCAGGCCUCUCAUAAGCUCCUUGUGGUGGUUGAGCUGCUCAUGGGUGAUAUUCCUGAUCGUGCCAUCUUCCGCCAACCAGCUCUGGAGAAGGCUAUGCACCCAUACUUCCUGCUCGCCCAGGCGGUCAGUGUUGGCGACCUGGAUGGUUUCUUGAACAUUGUCAACACCCACAGCUCAACCUUCCGCAAGGAUGGCACCUACACUCUGAUUCUUCGUCUGCGCCAGAACGUGAUCAAGACUGGUAUUCGCAUGAUGUCCUUGUCUUACUCUCGCAUCUCCCUGCGGGAUAUCUGUCUUCGCCUGGGUCUGGAUAGCGAGGAGUCCGCCGAGUACAUUGUUGCAAAGGCUAUCCGAGACGGUGUCAUCGAGGCCACGUUGGAUCACGAGCACGGUUACAUGAAGAGCAAGGAGGUCGGUGACAUUUAUGCCACCCGGGAACCCGGCGAGGCUUUCCACGAGCGCAUCCGCGCUUGUCUGGCUCUCCACGACGAGAGUGUCAAGGCCAUGCGAUUCCCGAUGAACCAGCACCGUCUGGAGCUGAAGAGUGCCCAGGAAGCUCGCGAGCGGGAGCGGGAGCUUGCCAAGGAGAUUCAGGAAGGAGACAUGGAUGAUGAGGAUGCUGGCGGUGAUUUCGAUGCCAUUUAAAGACGGAGUGGGCUUUGGUAAUUCAUACAGCAUUUCGUUCCUUGUCGCGCUGGCCCCAUGCAUGGGCUGCUAUCUUUCGUAGUGGCCUUCAACUUAUGUGUUAAUCGUGUGCGAUCUCGCUCUUCCUAUCCUGUUGAAUGUGUACGAGGUGGGGGAAUGUGUGGGACCGAGACGGCCGGCGCGAUUUUUUCCGUGUCUUUCAUACUGAAAUUAUUUUUUUCUCUCUCAU